UCUCCGCUAGAUCGAACAUCAUGAAGCUGUUUGUCGUCACGUCUGUUGGCUUUCUGCUGGCCGUCGAGGCCUUGGCGCUAAAACCUGUGUACUUCCAGCAGCCUCGGGCUGAGCGUCGUACAGCCCACAUUCGGCAAGUGACCACGAUACCCUCUCGGGCCGCUAGGGUGGGACUAGACCUGUGCCCAACAUGUAUUGACUUCACUGGUCAAGCCAUCAAUACUCUUCUUAACAUCAUUCUCAACGCCGGCGUUGUGGGUACGUGUGGAGAAUUGUGCCAGCUGCUGGAACAGAAAACCGGAAGUCAGGCCUUGGGAGCCGUUUGUGAUAUUCUAUGUGACGUAGUCGGUAUUGAAGAGUUCAUCAAGCUGAUUGAAAAGGCGGAUCUCGACCCAAUUUAUUUCUGUGAGCUUCUGAAGGUCUGUCCCAUCUUUGAUAACGGCGAUGCGAAGAUCACGAUGUUGUCUGUUACUCCAAGCAGAGGACCACAAGGUACGACAUUUGUUGUCGACUUAGAAUUUGUGUCCAAGAACGGAACAGGCACCGGUCAGAUUGACCUUGAAAUUUUAGCUGUGGACGGUCUGCCACUUGGGGACGCGUUCCUGAACAAGCAGUCACCCCCGGGCACGUACGGGUUGAAGUUUAACAUCAAGGCUGAGCCCGACCCUAACUGUGACCCUACCCAACAGGAAUGUGAGCAAUGGCUCCCAGGAAACUAUGUCGUCAAAGUCGCUGUGUGUAAUGGGGAAUGCGGCAGCGCCCAUCCCCACAGUAAGAUCUACGAUCAGAACAGCACGAACUUUACCCUAACCGGAUAAACACGGAAAACCAUUCUGAGUUUAAGCAAGAAAUACGUGUAUUUCAGGACAUACAUUUCUGCCAAAUCAGUUUAUGAUAGUGAAAGGAGUAUGAGGAUAUAAACGUGAUUAUAUACACUGAUUGCAUUUGCCCAAUACAUCGGCAUAGGUCUAUAUAUAUAAUCAUGGAAUAAAGCGUUCAGUUAUUAUGUAAUAAAACGUCACAAAUGUUGUUUUAAGUUAGAUUGUAUGUUUGUUUGUGUGAUGCAAUUUUAUGUUAUCUGUAUUAUUUUUACUAUAGACCACGAUAGCUAUUGACAAGUGAGGUGGCAUACAUGGGCCCGAACCCCACUCUCGUUACAUUGAUUCCAUGCCGCAUUAC